AAUGGUAUUCAGAACAUGACUGGUCGCAUUAUUUCCACAAUUAUUCAAAAGUAAUACAGAAAGCAUUUAAGAAUGUCGGGAAAGAACUUCGAUGAUGUUAUUAAACGAAAAUUGGCAAAAUUGGAGGAGAUACGCCAGGAAAGAAAACAACUGGAGCUCUUAAAAUCUGCACGCGAUGCUGAAAAAGCGAAAGAAAAAUAUAUUGAAAAAAUCAAGUCGUUUGUUGAUUUUGAUAAAAUAUGUGAAGAGACGUUGAGAUUAACACCACAGAUAGAAAACCCCACAGUGUCUAGUUCCAAGAAAAAAGAAAACGAAAAUAUACAAAUUCUCAAGGACAACGUUGAAACGCCUAAAAGAGACAUAUCGGAAAAACUUUCCAAGUUAACAGUAUUCCACACAGAAAUUACGGAUAUUCAGCCUCGGGAAAUACUCACAUCUACUAAGUCAACUCAAACUAAAAAUAGCAAUGCUUGUCUCCAACGUUUAGUUAUUAAAAAUAUUGAAGAUAGCCAAGAUGAUGACAUUUUAGAGGGAGGAUUCAAAUCAAAAUUACCACCCGGUUGUAUGUCACCAGGUUUGCCAAAGGUUGAAUUUGUGCUGCCAGCCAUAACUCGUUUAGAGAGCAUAAUUGAAGAGCGUAAAGCGGUGAGGGACGCAUUUGUAAAAACUCAAGACAAUCCUAAUCAAACCUCAAUAUUUUUAGUUACAGAAUUAACAGAAGAAGAAAAGCUAGCAUUUCUUUCCAAUACUAAUUUUCAAAAUGCAUUAAACCGCAUAGGUAGUGUAGUCGAAAAUGUAGUUGCCAAUAAUAGAGAUAUAACAAAGGACUAUACGAGACCUAACACCAGCAUUGAUGAUGCCGACGAUGUGUCAUAUUCAGGAGUAUUAUUAAAUGUCAUGUUUGAGUGUGAACUUACAACCAAUCGUUGUAUAACCGACAUGGAUUGGUCGCCUUUUGUAGCUGAUCGAAUUGUCGCAUCCUAUCAUUCCAAUGUGAAUGAACCCUUAGCACCAGAGGGUAUGGCACUGGUGUGGAAUGCAUCUUUUGGCAAAACAUAUCCGGAAUACAUAAUGCAUUCUUCCAGCGCAGUUAUGUCAAUUUGUUUCGAUAACUUCGAUCCAAACAUUAUUAUUGGUGGAACCUAUUCAGGACAAAUUGUCAUGUGGGAUACACGUUCAUCGAAAUCAAUUCCAAUACAAACAACCAAAUUGAAUAGCGGAGCUCAUGUACAACCCAUUCGAUCUUUAAAUAUUAAUUCUCACAAUAUUUAUUCAAUUUCAUUUGAUGGUCGUUUCUGUACUUGGAACAUGGAUAUGCUAUCUAAGCCGAUUGAUGUUUUCACAUUAGGAACCAAACAAAAACGUCCCAUUGCAGCAACCUGCAUGACGUUUGCAGACAUUGAAUAUAACGACUUCCUUGUGGGUGGUGAAGAUGGAUGUGUUUACAAAGCUAAUCGUUUCGAUGCAAAUGACGGCAUCAAGGCUAAAUAUGAACAACACGACUGUCCAAUAAGUGGAAUAUCGAUGUCACACUCAUCAGCCUCAGAAUUUAAUCACUUGUUUUUAACAUCAUCUAUUGAUUCGACCAUAAAAUUAUGGUCAUUACACAGUGAAACCCCAUUACAUACCAUUAAUAAUAACUUCGACUAUGUUAUGGAUAUAUCAUGGUGUCCAACAAAUCCUGCUCUAUUUGGCACUGUAAAUGAAAGUGGUCAUAUUGAUUUAUGGAAUAUAAAUAUGGACUCUGAGGAACCUAUUGUAUCUACAAUUGUAGAUGGUCAACCAGCUCUUAAUCGUUUUUCAUGGAUGCCAAAUGCUAAACAUAUUGCAGUUGGUGAUUUAGAUGGAAGGCUGUAUCUAUAUGAGGCAGACAAUAGAUUAACACAGCCUGUGCACAAUGAAAACUCUGCGCUUAUUGAAACCUUGGAUAUGUUAAGGCAAAAAAGUUUAAUAAGAGACUAGAGUCUCCAAAUGCCAUAUUCUAUUCUACUUUCUUGAGCGCAGUAGGGCAUAUCGAUAAAAUUUAAAUUUAUGAAGCCUCAGAUAUUUUUGGGAGUAUAUUGAGCAUAUACAUUUUUAAGAAGCAUAAUAUUGAUGAAUAUAUAUAAUUAUUUUUUUUUAUAAAAAAAGGACAUUUUGUAUUACACCUAAAAGAAGCAUUUUCAUAUACUC